AUGCAGAACCCUGGUGAGGGAGCAGCUGACAGAGCAAGCGGUGAAGAAGGUGAGGAUGGGCAGCGCAGAUCUAGAUCUCCUGAUGCCCAGGCUAGCUCCCAGAGUUCAGCACCCGAGGGUAGCCAUGGCAACCUCCCUCAGCCUAGUGGCGGUCAGGCUUCUGGUAGCCAGGCUGCUCCCAGCAGCCCCAGCCCAGGCCACCCCGUAGGCUCAGGAGCAGCAGUUGAGGAGGCAGCCGCUCCUCCCGAGGGCGAGCAGGCUCCACUGGUCCCCGGACCCAGUGGAGACACGGCGACAGCCACUAGAAACCGACUCCUGGAAUUCUCUGUAGCAGUGCCUUUCCGUUCACCUGUGGAGGCAGACAUGGCCCGCAGGUCCCUGAUCGCCAAUGCCCAGCGCCAGCAAGUGACGAUUCAACCAGAAUUCACAGUGAACGACAGUACCCUGACUGUUAGGUGGACCACUGAAGAUCCUGUUCUCUUCCGAAUUUACAUCAAUGCCUUCCUUGAGCAGCUGGCUUUGGUGAUGAGGAACAUUCAGCGCCUUGAGUUGGUGGCUGUAGUCAAACGAGGACGGGGAAGAAGUAACAAACCCUAA